AUGGCUGGAGGAAAGAAAUUCGCAACCUGCAUUGAGAAAUGCAUGGACCGAGGAACCGGAGGAUGCUUUAAGAAACUAAACUGCGGUUUGGCUCUGCCUCCAGACAACGUUCUUGUCCAGACUGCUAAGCAAUGCGCCAUCAGACAAGGUUUCAACACUCCAGCGAUUCAGCAACUCUGCCGCUGCUUCGCUAACGCCGGUGUCAGAGGUCUCGCUCCACUCUUGCUCAAGGAUCCAAAUCUCAUAAAAAAUGAUGCUUGCUUGAAAUCGAUAUCGAACGGAUGGCGGAAGUCGGAUAAUAGCAAUAAUUUCUUGGUUGUAGAUUAA